UCGGUCAGGGUCAGACGUUAUUCCAAUUCCAAUAGUUGAACCCUAUCCCACUUGAUAGUCAUUAGUUCACUCAUUGUUUAGUUGUCCAAUUAAAGUGUGUUUAUUUAAAACAAUACUUACGAAUUAUAAUGUGUUAGUUGUUUAAAGUUAAUUUCGUUUGUUUAAUUAAGGUGCUAGUUAUGGCUCUAAAUUUAGCUCGGAAAUGUAUUGGCCAAGUUCCUUCAAGAUGUAUUGCUUCAUUGGCAUCCCUUCCAGAAACUCACCAAAUGCUGCAGAAAACAUGCCGUGACUUCGCUGAAGCAGAAUUGAAACCUCAUGCAGCAAAAUUUGAUAAAGAACAUCUCUAUCCUAAAGAUCAAUAUGCAAGGAAGCUCUUUAUUAUUUGGUCAGAUUAAAAAGAUGGGGGAGCUAGGGUUAAUGGCCGUUGAUGUACCGGAGGAGUUUGGUGGAACUGGAUUGGACUAUUUGGCUUAUGCCAUAGCCAUGGAAGAGAUUUCCAGGGGCUGUGCUUCAGCCGGGGUCAUCAUGAGUGUUAAUAACUCAUUAUAUCUCGGACCCAUCCUCAAGUUUGGUAACCAAAAACAGAAGGAGAAUUUCAUCACACCCUUCGCAAACGGUGUCAAGAUUGGUUGCUUCGCUUUAAGUGAACCAGGCAAUGGGAGCGACGCCGGGGCCGCUUCCACAAUGGCAGUAGCGAAGGGCAGUGACUAUAUCCUCAAUGGCACCAAGGCUUGGAUCACUAAUGGUUAUGAGUCUGAAGCUACUGUCGUCUUUGCCACAACUGACAAAGCCAAGAAACAUAAAGGAAUCAGUGCAUUCAUCGUACCUAAACCUACAACAGGGUUAACCCUCGGAAAGAAGGAAGACAAGAUGGGCAUUCGAGGUUCUUCUACUUGCAGUUUAAUUUUUGAAGACUGCCAAGUCCCAAGUGAGAACUUGCUGGGAGAGCCAGGACUGGGCUUUAAAAUAGCUAUGAUGACAUUAGAUGCAGGACGUAUUGGCAUUGCAUCACAAGGUCUCGGGAUAGCUCAAGCUGCAUUAGAUUGUGCUGUAGAUUACGCUUCGAAGAGACAAGCUUUUGGUGCUCCUAUAAGUAAACUUCAAGCUAUUCAGCACAAGAUAGCAAACAUGGCAAUGAGAUUGGAAGCAGCCAGACUGCUCACUUGGAGAGCAGCUUUCCUUAAGGACAAUAAGAAACCUUUUACCAAGGAAGCAGCUAUGGCCAAGCUUGCUGCAUCUGAAGCAGCUACAUACAUUUCACAUCAAGCUAUACAGAUUCUUGGAGGAAUGGGCUACGUGUCGGACAUGCCAGCAGAAAGACACUAUCGAGAUGCAAGAAUAACAGAGAUAUACGAAGGCACCUCCGAGAUACAGCGUUUAGUUAUCGCAGCUAAUGUAUUUAAAGAGUACGGCCUCUGAAUGUGACACUCGUUCAUGAAAAGUCUCAUCUGAUCUUAGUUUAGAUCUAUUCUGUCUAUAUAUAGAAAAUGUUCAAUCUUUUAGUUAAACGAUUGUUUCUAUAUAGAUAGUUAUUAUAGUUAAUUUGAUGAAAAACCUAACCAGUAAAAGAUCCUAUGUCGAACUGCCAAAUACGUGGUGAUUUUUAAGAUUAGGGAUUGGAUUUGAGAUUUGAAAAUUCUUGAUUACGUGUACACCCAAGUAUACAAUUUGUUUAUGAAUAUCUUAUGACAGCUUGUAAGAUUUUAACAGAAGUUCAUAUUUAUCCUGAUAAUUUUGUGGGGCCAAAAUAAAAAUCACUGCCUAGAUUGUUUUUGGCAUUGAUUAAAAAAAAAAUUGAGUAGUACUACCCUGUUCGAGGACAUUCGUUUCUUCCUUGUGAUAGGGACUUUGUAAUUAUCUAAAGGGCUUUGAAGAAACAUGGCAGGCUGUACAGCCUUCACAAACUGACAAGAAUAAUAAUAACUGCAAGCCUUACAAGUAAGUUUAUUUAGAAAGAGGUGUAAUCAAGUAACAUUCAAAAUUUCAAUC